AUCCAUAUACAAAUAUCGUCCUUAAUUAUAUUUUUUUAUCUAAAAAAAAUCAAAAGAAUAGCUUCUCCUCGAGUCCACCUCGACGCCGCCGCCGUCGAAAACCAAUAAAAAAUCCUCUCCACGCCCGCAAACCCCAGCCCCCCACUCCCCCCACCUCACCGCCGGCGAACCCUAGGGGGGGAUCACCGGAGUCGGCGACCGGCGGCGGCGGCGGUGGCGAUGGCGGAGUACGCGACGGCGAAGACGUCGGUGUGGUGGGACAUCGAGAACUGCCAGGUCCCCCGCGCCUGCGACCCCAACCUCAUCGCCCAGAACAUGAGCUCCGCCCUCGCCGCCGCCGGCUACACCGGCCCCGUCUCCAUCUCCGCCUACGGCGACAUCGGCCGCAUCGGCAACGCCGUCACCCACGCCCUCUCCAGCACCGGCAUCUCCCUCAACCACGUCCCCGCCGGUAUUAAAGAUGCAAGUGAUAAGAAGAUCUUAGUUGACAUGCUGUUCUGGGCUAUUGACAACCCUCCACCAGCAAACUAUUUGUUAAUUUCUGGUGAUCGGGAUUUCUCUAAUGCCCUUCAUAAGCUUACAAUGAGACGGUACAAUAUUCUACUAGCACAGCCUCCAAAUGUGUCUCAGGCCCUUACUGCUGCAGCGAAAAGUGUUUGGCUCUGGAAAAGCCUUGUAGCUGGAGAACCACCUCUAGCAGAGUCGCCAUAUGUUAGUAGCACAGCAAGUGGCAAUAUGGUUGAGUUAGAUAAGUCUAAGAACAUUAAUUCAGAUUCUUCAGACACUACUACAGACACAAACCCUCAGAAUGGUCUCCAGUCUGAUCAUCAAAAGGGUGGUAAUGGCAAGGCAGAUAAGCAAUCUAAAGUGAAGCAACCUCGAAGAAACCAGUCAGACAAUGUAUCUAAACCAGCAAGCAACGAAGAAAAUUCAGUUGAAGUUGCUGAUAAUUCUAAAGAAUACACUACUGACCAUCCAACUCAGUCUUCUAUGCCAUCGUCAUCUUCAUCAUCAAGCUCUGAAUCACAGGAUGGGGCAAAGGUGAACCAGUCAAGUAAACCAAAAGUUCAGCCCUUUUCCCUGCCUAAAAAGCCUGCAAAAUCUGCUCAUUGCCAUCAAAAGACUGCUCCACAUGACUUCAAUAGUAAGAAGUCUGGUGCCUCAGCGGAAUCUGCUGCGAAGAAUGGUACUCCUGACUCUGGCAACGGUGGUGGCUAUAAUCCAAAACAUCAUAAACCUCAUACCUCCCAGUCUCCAAGACCACAAAAUUCAAUUACUCAUCCUCAUAGUGGAUCUGAGAUUUUUCAUCAUACAUUGAGUUCACAAAGAACCAACUCAUGCUCACCAUCAGCUGGGCAUAAUGGCGCUCCUACUGCACCACUGCAAUCCUGGCCAAGUGCCCCUCCCUAUCACAGCCCACCAGUUAAUUAUCCUGAUUUGAAUCGGAUAAAUAUUUCUGGAUACCCCAGAGGAAUUCAUGACAACCAAGGUGUGAACAUGAACUACCACCCUAACCAUUCUGGCUCUCCUCAUAAUGUUCAGCCUGCUUAUAAUAGUUACAGACCUCCAACACCACCUAGUAUGCCCAGCAACAUGCAAAAUGCUGGACAAUGGGGAGUGAACCCAGGAUAUCCACAGCCAUCUUCUGACCCUCAAGGUCUUAUAAGAAAUAUAUUAGGUGCUUUGGAAGUAUUGAAGACAGAGAAGAUUCCACCAAUAGAACAGCAUAUUUCAGAUUGUAUACGUUAUGGAGAAGCUAACUUACCAAAUUUUGAUGUUAAGAAGGCUCUUGAACUUGCCAUUCAGCAUCAAGCCAUCGUCUUGAAAAUGUUAGGUCCUAUGUCAUUCUAUUUGGGGAAGAACCAAAAUCUUUGGAAAUGUGUGAAUAUAAUGGAUAUAAAUGCAAAAUAUCCAAAAGAUACGUUUGAUGCUGUUCAUAGGUUCAUAUCUUCCACCUCUGGCAGCUCUGCUAUAAAGAAUUCUAGAUCCAAGUAUCAAGCUGCAAUUGUCUUAAAGAAUCAAUGCUUGAAACAUCUUGCCCUUGGUGAAGUUCUUCAGAUUUUGUAUAUCAUAAUCAAUACAAAGAAGUGGUUUGUGCCGCAUUCUUCAGGGUGGCAGCCGUUGUCGUUUAACAUUAUAGUGGUUGAUGCCACGACAGGUGCUGGUGGGAAAGCUUAGCCUUGGUACAUUUGUCUGCUCAUGUCAGAUGGAUAAUUUGAGGCCCUGGUGGUUUCUUCAAAUGCUAUGCUCUGGUGAAAGUUAUUAGUAUGAUGGUGCAUCUACAGUAUGCCAAACCUUUCUUCUAAAGAUGAAAUAGUUACUAGUUUAAGCUUAGUGGUUAGUUGGGAACUUGGGAUCAAACUGUCACUGGUUUUUCUUCCAGUACUCCAGGAACAGCAUAGGUGGUGGUUAAUGGUAUGAUAAGGAUAGUCCAGUGGUUCUUCAAUCAGCAAAAUGGAUACAGAACAACGAUCUUUUGUUCAGGCAGUAUAAUAGUGCCUGAUAUUGGGAGGUUAUGAUCUGCUCAAAAUAUUAUUGUCUAUUUUGUGGAAAUCUGCCAUAGUGGCACCAGAAUAUGCUAACUAUUCAAGCUGUUCAGUUCAAUGGAGUACCGAAGUUGAAGCCCCUUCGUCUUAACACGAAUGGAUCGAUGAAUGAACCAUGUGAUGUUCAGAGAUCCUUUGCUGUCCAUUUAAUCAAUGUGUCUGAGUCUUCGAGUGGAUACAAAGCUACCCCUGCUAUGGCUUGUGGUACAUGUCAAUAUUGUCAGUAAUGCAUUAGAGGCUUAGAGCUGCCUUGGUAACCUUGCCAGCGUGCCAUGGAACUAUAAACUUGCUAUGAUUUAUGUACAUAUUCGUUUUGUGCUGUUGUGUGCUUGCAUUGUCUCCACA